CUCGUCCAUCGUGCCCCCUCCUGCUCUUCUUCUUUGUCCAGGGCAGAGGCUCCAAUACCUCCGCUCGUCAUGUCGCUGAUCAUUCCCGACUGGGUAGCCCAUACGUCGGUGGACAACGACGACAAAGACAAGAAGAAGCAGACGACCAUCUUCUCCCUCUCCGUACAUCCAGACGGUUCACGAUUGGCUACCGGAGGUAUUGACCAAAAAAUUCGCAUAUGGACCACCGAACCAAUCCUCGAUGCCGCGGCAGAGAGCAUACCUGGUACCCACAAGCUUCUCUCGACCCUCUCACGGCAUACAGGCUCUGUGGUAUCUGUACGCUUCUCCCCGUCGGGCCGAUAUCUUGCAUCAGGUUCAGACGAUCAGGUCUGCUUCAUCUGGGAGUAUGACCCUCACGGGACCUCGAUGGGCUCGUUUGGUUCAUCAGAGCAGAAUGUCGAGUCUUGGAAGAUUCACAGACGCCUGACAGGACACGAAUCCGACGUGGUGGACAUUGCUUGGAGUGCCGACCCCGAUGAUUCAUACUUAGCCACUGUAGGACUCGAUGCAGUCAUCAACAUCUGGUCUGGUCCUUCUCAAGAUGGCUCCAGGGGUGGCUUUGAACGCGUGAGGAGGAUCGCAGGUCACGAUGGAUUUGUGAAGGGAGUAGUCUGGGACCCUAGAGGCAAUUACUUGGCUACGCAGAGCGACGACAAGACGCUCAAGAUCUGGAGGACGUCUGACUGGUCUUGUGCCAAGGUAGUAACGGAGCCCUUUCAACACUCUCCGAGCUCCAACUUCUUCGGCAGGCCGUCCUGGUCGCCUGACGGUGGCUACAUCAUUGCAGCGAAUGCGAUGAGUGGCCCGGUCUUUGUUGCUAGCGUCAUCGAACGCAAGACGUGGGCAACAGAUCUGAAGCUUGUUGGGCACGAAGACAGCGUCGUUGUCUGCGCCUUCUCUCCCAGGCUCUUCAAGUUGCAUGGCUCUCGAUCAGACGCGGCACCUGCUACAAUCGUCGCCAUCGGGUCAAGAGACCAGAGUAUCAGCGUAUGGAUUACAGGCAUAGACAAGCCACUCUUGGUGUUGAAGGACGUCUUCGACAGGCAGGUCACUGAUCUUGCUUGGGCUUCAGAUGGCGUGACGCUAUAUGCCUCUUCCACAGCAGGCUCCGUUGCGGCAAUCGUACUUGAUCCGGCUGACGUGGCGGAGCCUCUGCCACUGUCGCGGAGCUAUCAUCAAAGACCCAAUAUUCAGACACUGCUGCGCGCUGCAUCACUGGCACCUCAGAGUAUGGGCGGAACCUCGCAGCGACCCAAUGUACUGCAGCCUCGCAAGGCGGGGUCGUCAAUUCAACCAGCUCGAGCCAGCAUUCAGCCAGCGCGGGCCAUUCCGACAGCAUCUGGCGGACCGUCUCUACCACCACCAGCCAACGCCAAAGCCGGUGCGCAGCGACUCGAUCAGCAGAUACAGAUCCUUGCAAAUGGCAAACGCAGGAUCAAACCGACGCUCAUUGGUGACGACAGCGUGGUAGCUUACAGCGCUCCUCUAGCCAGUAGUAGUAACAUCGUUACUGCUGAUGCCCGUAUGGACAUCGAUAUACCUGGGCCAUCUGCCGCGUCUGUCGUGGCGCCCUCGCAACAGACCUUUUCGAAUGUUUUUGUUCCCCAGCAACAGCAGCUACCCCAGCAGACUCCGCAACAGCAGCUUCAGCAACAUCAGCAAUUUCAGCAAUACCAGCAGUUCCUCCAAUUCCAGCAACUCCAGCAGCAAACAGGCUCACAUGCGUCCUUCAGUGAUACCCCCAUGCCGAUGACGUACCAAUCAGAUCAGUCAUUCGAUGCUGCUCUCGCUGCUUCUCGGGUGUCGAAAGGCAGAGGCAAAGAGGGUCGUACGCUAGGGAGCGAUCUUCCUCGCGAGACGACGAGCUCAGGUGCUCUAGUCAGGCCAGGAGAAGACGGAGACUUCUUCAGUAAAGGUCUGCCAAAGGCCCUUUCGCUACCUCCCGUGAUGGGCACUUUACGUCGAGAAGGAGAAGGCGGCGGUGUCGUUGAGGUUCGUAACUACGAUGGCAGUCGUCCAGCAGAGCUCAUCGUCUACGACACUGAAGCAACGAGCGGAAAGGUCCAGUGGAUGGACUUUCUAUCCUGCUUCGUCCUGCGCUGCGCUCACAGCAUAGCCUAUGUGACCGUUGCCCAAAGCGAUGGCCACAUAUUGAUCUACACGAGUAAAGGACGAAGGGUGGGGACAAUUGCGCUCGAUAGUCCCGUUUGCCUGAUGGAAUGCAGAGGAGCAGUCUUGAUGGUCAUUACGAGUGCUGGUUGCCUGCAUCGAUGGAAUCUGCAAGAGGACAGGGAGCUUCAUCGACCUAUCAGCUGCCUCAGCCUUCUGACGGGGCCGGACGAUGUCCACAACAUUAUUCUGCACAGCAAUGGUUCUCCAGUCAUGAUCUUGAAGACGGAACAGGCAUGGACCAUCGACCCCAAGAAGAACUCUUGGACUCUCAUUGCGAGCGGCUGGUUCGCCGAUUGCAGCUCUCUCUGGGACGGACGAAGUCGGGGUCGAGGAGGAGCCGGAGGCGGUGGAAGCAGCGGAGGCGCCAAUGGCGAUCUGAUGUCAAGCGGUGGCUUCAACGUGGCAGACUCCGGGGGACGAUGGAGAGAGCCGGUAAAGGCAAUCGAGAGCGAGAUCAAUUCACUCGUGGUCGCAAGGGGAGAGACGGGUGUCAAGCCUGCCGUCAAGCCUCCUGGUGAAGACGCUACUCGAGCAAAGGAUUUCACGCUGGCGACGUCGCUGAGACAUCUGGAGAUGAGGAUGCAAGCAGCCAUUUUGUUGUCAAGCAAGGACGAGUAUCAGAUCCAUCUUCGAGCUUAUGCGCGUUUGAUCGCCGACGAAGGCCUCAAGGGGCUAGCCGAGGAGUUGAUAAGGGAAUUCCUUGGGCCCAUCUACUAUACGCCAAGCGAGGACAAAGAACGACAGAAGUGGGAGUCGACCAUCUUUGACAUCCCGAAGAGGACCAUCUGUAGGGAGCUGCUGGGCAUCAUGAGCAAGAGUCGCGUCCUGGGAGGCAUGGCGACGACGUACGUGGAACUGCUCAAGAACAUGGGAUGAGCAGCGGUCGGAUGAGCUGAUUCGUGAUGUCGCCAGCUGCGGGCAUUGUCGCCCGGUAAUACCCCCUUUUACACACUUGUAACCAUAGCCGGAUCCCCUUGUCACCCUCUCCCUCUACGCUAGCAAUGUCAUACGCGGUUCC